GAGUGAUAGAAGCGGAACUAGCGGAGGCGAUUUUCUAGGGUUUUUGCUCGGAAUCGAUUUCCCGAUGGGAACGAGCAGCGAUCCUAUUCAAGAUGGUUCCGAUGAGCAGCAGAAACGUUCAGAGAUCUACACAUACGAAGCUCCAUGGCACAUCUACGCAAUGAAUUGGAGCGUUCGUCGCGAUAAGAAGUACCGUCUCGCCAUCACUAGCCUCCUCGAGCAAUACCCGAACCGUGUCGAGAUUGUGCAGCUCGAUGAAUCCAAUGGCGAGAUCCGUUCCGAUCCUAAUCUCUCCUUUGAGCAUCCAUACCCACCAACGAAGACCAUUUUCAUCCCUGACAAGGAAUGCCAAAGACCUGACCUUCUCGCUACUUCAAGUGAUUUCCUUCGUUUAUGGCGAAUCGCUGAUGAUCAUUCCCGUGUUGAGCUCAAAUCUUGUCUCAAUAGCAACAAGAACAGUGAGUUUUGUGGUCCUCUUACUUCUUUUGAUUGGAACGAAGCUGAGCCACGUCGAAUUGGGACAUCUAGUACUGAUACAACUUGUACUAUCUGGGACAUUGAGCGUGAAGCUGUUGAUACUCAGCUUAUUGCACAUGAUAAGGAAGUUUUUGAUAUUGCUUGGGGUGGUGUUGGUGUUUUUGCCUCUGUUUCAGCUGAUGGUUCCGUUAGGGUGUUUGAUCUUCGUGAUAAGGAACAUUCGACGAUUAUCUAUGAGAGUUCUGAGCCUGAUACUCCUUUGGUGCGUCUUGGUUGGAACAAGCAGGAUCCUAGGUACAUGGCUACUAUUAUCAUGGACAGUGCUAAAGUUGUGGUGCUCGACAUUCGUUUUCCGGCUCUUCCUGUGGUGGAGCUUCAACGACAUCAAGCUAGUGUCAAUGCUAUUGCUUGGGCUCCUCAUAGCUCUUGUCACAUUUGUACUGCAGGAGAUGAUUCUCAAGCUUUGAUUUGGGAUAUUUCAUCCAUGGGGCAGCAUGUUGAAGGUGGUCUUGACCCUAUUCUCGCUUACACUGCUGGUGCUGAGAUUGAGCAGCUUCAAUGGUCCUCUUCUCAGCCUGAUUGGGUCGCCAUUGCUUUCUCCACCAAGCUGCAAAUUCUCAGGGUUUCUAUAAAGUCAAUGCGCAAAAAAGUACUGCAAUUAGGCUCUUAUUUCAGGCAAAUUUAUCAAGAUACUCCUCAACAGAGUAUUGGUUAUUUGGUUGUUAUGGCUCAGCCGUGCAAAGAUGGUCUUAGCUCUCAAAACAUCAGUACUUUAGUUCAACUAAGCAAUUCUAGUUUUCCUAUAUUACCACUCUCUGCUUCAACAUUGCUUUCUGCCUCUUCUGCUACAUUAUACAACAAGCUUCUCUCUCUGGUAGCCAUGGCUUCGGCUACUUUCUCUGUGGCCAAACCAUCUCUUCAGGGUUUCUCAGAGUUCUCAGGACUUCGAAAUUCCUCUGCUCUUCCCUUUGCCAAGAAAUCUUCUUCCGAUGAGUUUGUUUCCUUCGUCAGUUUCCAAACUUCAGCAAUGGGAAGCAAUGGUGGAUACAGGAAAGGGGUGACCGAGGCCAAGAUAAAGGUAGCCAUCAAUGGGUUUGGUAGGAUUGGUAGGAACUUCUUGAGGUGUUGGCAUGGUCGUAAGGACUCUCCUCUUGAUGUCGUUGUCAUUAACGACACUGGUGGUGUUAAACAAGCAUCACAUCUCCUCAAAUACGACUCAACUCUUGGAAUCUUUGACGCUGAUGUCAAACCUUCUGGAGAUGCAGCUCUCUCUGUUGAUGGAAAGAUCAUCCAGAUUGUAUCUGAUCGUAACCCAUCUAAUCUCCCCUGGGGGGAGCUAGGCAUUGACUUGGUUAUCGAAGGAACCGGAGUGUUUGUUGACAGAGAUGGUGCUGGAAAGCAUCUUCAGGCUGGAGCCAAGAAGGUCCUAAUCACUGCACCUGGAAAAGGUGACAUCCCAACUUAUGUCGUUGGUGUCAAUGCUGAACUUUACAGCCAUGAAGAUACAAUCAUCAGCAACGCAUCUUGUACUACUAACUGUCUCGCUCCAUUCGUCAAGGUUCUUGACCAGAAAUUUGGGAUCAUAAAGGGUACAAUGACAACUACUCACUCAUACACUGGUGACCAAAGGUUGUUAGAUGCGAGCCACCGUGAUCUAAGGAGAGCAAGAGCAGCAGCUUUGAACAUUGUUCCAACAUCUACAGGAGCAGCCAAAGCUGUGGCUCUUGUGCUUCCUAACCUCAAAGGAAAACUCAACGGAAUCGCAUUGCGUGUGCCAACUCCAAACGUCUCAGUGGUUGACUUAGUCGUGCAAGUCUCCAAGAAGACUUUUGCUGAAGAAGUCAAUGCUGCUUUUAGAGAUGCAGCUGAGAAAGAACUUAAAGGUAUCCUCGACGUUUGUGAUGAGCCUCUUGUCUCUGUUGACUUCAGGUGCUCUGAUGUAUCCUCAACUAUUGAUUCUUCUCUCACAAUGGUUAUGGGAGAUGAUAUGGUUAAAGUGAUUGCUUGGUAUGACAAUGAAUGGGGUUACUCUCAGAGAGUCGUUGAUUUGGCUGACAUUGUUGCCAAUAACUGGAAGUGAAGACUCAACUUUUGAUGUCUGCUCCAUUAUUUUUUUUACUGUUCUAUGAUUCGGAAUGUAUAAUUGUAGUUCCUGAGUUUAUUAUGUAUCUGUGCUCUAUAAUUUAUAGUAAUAAACUUGAUUCAAACAU